CAGCCACAAAUAAAUACCCUCAUUGGAAAGACCCAUUUGUGAUGGGUAAACAUCCCUUCCUGUCUGUCACAACCCCCGUGACUGCCCUGCAUGUGUUCAUGACCUCUGAAGGCCCAAAUUCAUGAAGCAGUAAACCCAGCAGAUCCCCAGCCCGCCUGCCUCAGGACCUCUGCUGAAGACAGGGAUGAAGAGGGUCUCCAGGGAGGCAGCAGGGGCCUUGCUGGCAGCUGGCUCAGGAGCCGGCUUACAGGAGGGCAGCUCUGCAGUGGGGAGGAGCGCCGUCCGGAGGAGACCAGGCCUCUGCAUGCCCCCCACUCUGCUUACCAUCCCUGCUCACACCCCCUUGGCCAAGGCUUUGUGCAGCAGAUUUAAUUUUCCAAAUGAAGAGGACAGAGUGAUAGAUGCAUUUUCCCCAGGCUGUCUCGGAAAGGUCGCUAAAUGUAUACUGUUAGAAUUGCUGAGAUCUCCCCCCACUUUUGGUUUUUGCAGCAGCAAAAACUCUCUCUCCACUGCAACUUCUUUUAUCUCUCUCAGGCAGCCAGCUCCCUGGUCCCUUGUGCUGACUGUAGUACAGUGGCCAAGAGCUGAUACGAAGUCAGGGGUGACCGCAGGACGGUGGGCUCAGUGGGCUUCUCCACCUACCCCAGUCGCCAAGGCCCUGACGCACUCCCUCCUGCACCGUCAGCACAUCCAUGUGCACAGCUGGAAGGGUGCAUGGCCCGCCUACCUUUGUCCAGACGGGUGGAAAUCUGAUGAUGCCAGCUCCUCCCUGCCGUGCCCCUGCCGCGAGCAGGCAUUGUGAACUGGCUGGUGUUCGCAGUCCCACGUGGGUGUGGUCUGCAGCCCAACCCAUGGUGGAGACUGGAGACAGAGCAAUGAGUCCUGGUGGGGGGCACGUGGACAUGCCCCACAGGGGCCUCACUCAGGCUUAUAGGCAAGGUCCUGGGCACUGCGUGACGCAGCACUCACUGCUAAAGCAAGCCCACCUGGCUCUGUGCCAGGGCCCCUCUUCUGAUUCACACGUCACAUUUUUACGCAGACCCUUCCUUCUUAAUAAAAGCUGACAGUUCUGUUGGCACCCAAGAACCCACACCGUGAAGACAGGGAGUGAGGGGCCUUUGUGCCCAAGCCCAGCACAGCUGUGUUCUGGGGUGCGUGAGAGGUAUGUUCGUGUCCGUGCGCUGCUGGUCUUCUGACACAGUUCCGAGGACAGGGAAAUUGCUGGGUGGCGGGGCUGUGGGGCUCGUAUGUGGAACUGCUGCAGAGUUCGCCGGCAGACGGAUCUGGAUAUAUGUUAUGUAUAAUUGUUAUGUGUAAUUUAAGAUAUAUCUGUUUGCCAUCGUCAUAAGAUUAUAUGUAAGACUCUUAAGGGAGAGGGAGAUGUACAUUCUGCCAGGCUCCUGUGGACUUUGUUUGAGUCAUGAAAUUGAUUACUGUUGAUCCAGUGGUGUGAGAAGCUACACUCCAUGUGUCAUCACGCUUAUGACUCCUAAUGGAUUUUUAAGGCAAAAAAUGCCAGCCGACUCCAUCUUCACCCCCCGAUUCCUCGAGUCCAGCCUUUCUGUGCCAGUGCAUCCCUGAGCCACAAUGCUCUCGCCAUCGGGACCCGGCUGGGCCUGGAGUCUCGGGGCACAGUUACCAUGGAGCCCUCCUGGGUCAUUCUACACAUGUGCUGAGUGCCAGCUGAAAGCCCCACAGGAGAUGGAGUGCCUUGGCCAAGCUUAAAGAGAAGAUUUUCUCAGGGUAUUUAUUAGUGUGUCCAGCAGGGUCAGGAAGCAGGGAUGGAAAGAUGCAUUCAGACUGUUAAUUUAUUAACAAGGCAAAUGGUUUUGUGUUUCUUGAUGACAAGCUAUUAAGUUUGGGACUUAUUUUCCCAUUUGAGAAGUUAUAUAUUUAAGAUAAGUUUCCUGCUUAAGUUGUGCCUUUCAGCUUCAACGAGUUUAAGGAGCACUAAGGGUAAUGAUACCAAUGAGGGUUGGUUUAUUAUCAAACCUGAAUAGCUGUGGUUUCUCCGAUAAAUGUUUUCUUCUACUGAACAUGGAGCCAUUAUUAAGAGUUGUAUGUUUUUUAUUAUGUACAUUUGUAUAUUUUUUUGCUUGUUUGAUGUUCUAUUUUUCUAAUAGUUUUCUUAGAGUUUCUUAAAGUUGUGAUACUAGAUUUAGAUUCCGAUGCUAACUGCAAAUCAGGUUGGUCUCUGCUGGGUCUCUCCUGCUUUUAUUUUCCUUUAAGGACAAGUGUAGUUGUCAUCCACCACCUUUCAAAACAUGUGAAACUGCCCUGCCUCCCCUUUUUGCUAACAACCCUGUGUACAUUGACAACUUCUUUUAUGUUGUAAAAUCAAACUAUUUUGUGGUACAUUAUCUCGCGCUUCCGCAAAUUCUAAUAAAUUCUGUGGCUUCCAUGUG